AUGGUUAAUGACAUGAAGGAGCGUUAUCGACAACGUUUUCGUCCGCAUCCACGAAUACAACAGGAACGAAAUCCACUUUACAGAUCCUCUGAAUUGGAUUAUUCUCUUUCCGGUACUGGAGUAGGUAGUGGAGGUGGAAAUUAUUUUGGUACCUCUGGAGCUGGUCAUUUUGGGGCUGAGAAUCAACCACGACGAUCGCAAUCACUGGAUAAUCGAAAAGAUUGGUUAUUCAGCGAUGAUUAUGGAUUUCCAACGGUGGGAACAGAUGAGAGAUACAAUGGUGCUUCAAAGCGGUAUCAAUCUUACCAAAAACAACGAAACUAUAAUUAUCAGCCAUAUCUUAGUGUUAAUACUGGUCCUACUACUGGAUACCAAAAUACCUACGAUGAACGCCGUGGUAACGAUCAUUAUCCUGACAACCUGGUAACCUUACAGUCUAAUCUUACUGAAUCAGACUGGGAUGCCUUGGAUCGUUCAAUUCGAAAUUAUCGUGAAAAUCCUAGCGGUGAACAAAUAGCUGCAACUGUACGACGUCCUAAGGUUCAAAGUUUAUCUCCAGUUCGUCCAACUGGUUUUCUUGGUGAUACUUCAGGUGGCACCAAAUCAAAACGGCACAAUUUACCAUCAUACUUUUACCGACAUUCCGGAGCUGCCGGUGGCUUUACAGGACAGCAAAGUGGUAUUUCUGUCAACAGAAAUGAAUCAGUAAGACAUAACCGAAAUGAUUUUCCCAGUAGUUCAGUAUUACAAGAUGAAAUAGAAUUUGGUGCUGAUCAUCAUGGUAUGGUAAAUUACUAUCGAGGUAGCAGUUCUAAUCAUCAACAAUCCGAGUAUUAUAGACCAGGUACUGGGCCUGUAAAUGUUCCAAAUACAAUGAGAGGUCGAACAAUGAUCCGUGGUACCGCUGCAGGUACCACACGUUAUGGUUUUGGAGAACAAAAAUAUUACAAACUUCAUUGUUGCUGUUUAAGUUUUCGUUGGCCACCUUGGGCUUUUGAAGAAGUGGAACCACCACAACCGUUAUAUCGUCGUACUUAA